AAUACCCAUCUCAAGUGUAGUGAAACCUCAGUUGUGGGAUUUAAACAUUCUUAACAAUGGCAACUUCGAAAGUUUUAAGUAUUGUUUUCUUUGUGUUGUUGUGUUUAGGAAUAUGUUCUGCUGCUAGAACACUUAUUACCAUUGGUUUGGGUCAUGAAAUUAGUGGAGGUUUCCAUGGUGACAUUGGUGUGAGCGGUGGUGAAGGUGGAGUACAUGUUGGAGCAGAUGGACAUGGAGGAGGAGCCGGUGGAGGUGGAGGUGGAGGUGCAGGUGGUGGUGGUGAAUAUGGAGGAAAUGUUGUUGCUGGUGGUGGAGGAGGUGGAAGUGGAGGUGGUGGUGGUGGUGGUGCAGCUGAAGGUGGAUAUGGUGGAGGAGCUGGCAAAGGAAGCGGGGAAGGUGUAGCACAUGGUGGUGGUUAUGCAGGUGGCGGAGGAAGUGGUAGUGGUGGAGGCGGAGGUGGUGGUGCAACUGAAGCUGGUGGAUAUGGUGGAGGAGCUGGUAAAGGAGGCGGGGAAGGAUUUGGUGGAAGUGCAGCACAUGGUGGUGGUAAUGCUGGUGGUGGAGGAGGAGGUGGUAGUGGUGGAGGCGGAGGUGGCAGAGCAGCCGAAGGUGGUGGAUAUGGUGGAGGAUCUGGCAAAGGAGGUGGGGAAGGAUUUGGUGGAGGUGCAGCACAUGGUGGUGGUAAUGCUGGUGGUGGAGGAGGUGGUAGUGGUGGAGGUGGAGGUGGCGGAGCAGCUGAAGGUGGUGGAUAUGGUGGAGGAGCUGGCAAAGGAUUUGGUGGAGGUGUAGCACAUGGAGGUGGUUAUGCUGGUGGUGGAGGAGGUGGCAGUGGUGGAGGUGGAGGUGCUGGUGGUGGUUAUGGAGGUGGUGAAGGAGGUGGUGCAGGGGGUGGAUCUAGUGGAGAACAUGGAGGAGGAUACGGAGGUGGGAGUGGAGGUGGCGGAGGAGGUGGUGCUGGUGGAGCACAUGGAGGCGGAUAUGGUGGUGGUGAAGGAGCUGGUGGUGGAUAUGGAGGUGGAGCAGCAGGUGGUGGUGGAGCAGGUGGUGGUUCAGGUGGUGGUGGAGGUGGUGGAGGUGCGCAUGGCGGAGGAUAUGGUGGUGGUGCCGGAGGUGGUGAAGGUGGUGGCCAAGGUGGAUAUUAUCCUUGAGGCUUGCGCUUACAUGGAAAUUUAUUAUUUUUAAAUGAUUAUGAUGAUUAUCCUUGAGGCUUGACUUUACUAUCUUUAACUAUAAUGGUGACAAGAAAAAGAAAUAAUUAUGAUGAUUAUAAACUACUACUACUAAAAUUUAUCGUUAUAUAUAUA